AUGACUGGUAAGGUUUAUGUUGUCACUGGUGCUUCCAGGGGUAUUGGCUUGGAGUUUGUCAAGCAGAUCGCCUCGGAAAACGACCUUGUAUUUGCUUGUGCACGCAAUGUGAGCAACUCAAAAGAGCUUGUUGAUUUGGCUGCAGAGAACAAGGAUAAUAUCAUCCCCAUCACAUUGGAUACCACCAAUUUGGAUACCAUCAAUUCUGCUGUAGCAGAGAUCACUGAAAAGGCACCUGAAGGUAUCGAUGUUCUCAUCAAUAAUGCUGGCAUUGGAAGUACGCGCGACUACAAUAUCGAGACAGUACCUCAGGAGGAAUUUACUAGAGUGAUUAAUACCAACGUGAUUGGCACGUCCAAUGUCACCCAACGAUUCAUCCCCUUACUUCGUAAGCGCGGUGAGCAGCAACUCAAGAAGAUUGUCAACAUUUCCUCCAUUAUUGGCUCAAUCACAGCCAUGGAUGGCUCCAGAGGGUCUGGCCAAGGCCCAGUUUAUGGUAUAUCAAAGACGGCCUUGAACAUGCUGACUCGCUUGACAGCCAAUCAUUUGAGAAGCGAGAAUUUCAUAGUGUUUGCUAUUCAUCCUGGGUGGGUUUCCACUGAUCUCGGAGGUGCAUCAGCUCCAGUUACAAGUCAAGAGUCGGUGAAGGGUAUUCUAAACAAGAUUCAGCAUUGCCAAUCCAAAGACUGUGGCGAGUUUUUUGAUUUUACUGGAGCAUCAUUGAAUUGGUAG